UAUAGAGUUCGUACAUAAUCGACAUACUUUAUGUGUAGUGAGAAAGAGAGACGCCAAAAGGGACGCCGAGUACAAGCAUACGAAAAAAGGAGAGGGCUGAGAAAGUGGAAGGUCUUCGUGAGCAAAGUGCUUUGGCUAGGGUUCUAGUCUGCGAUUUUUUCCCGUUCUUCUCGUUGUCCGGGCGGACGGCCAAUGGGAGUAAGUAGGUCAGCGCGCCCGUCCAAUCGGUGUUCGAGGCCGGGUCACGUGGGUUUGUUGUUAUCUAUCAGCUGUUUUUCCCGGGCGGGCGGGUGGCCGGCCGGCGCAGUGAAAGCCGCUUGGUGCUCUGUUCUCAGUCCUUCCCGGUUGCUCAGCUGUGCGUCACAUGUCGGCUACCGCGGACCUCACUCCUGUCCAUAUACCAUCGAAUCGUGUACCGCUUGUACGUUCAGCUUGCACAAUAACGCUGAAUUUCUAUUCACUGGCAAACAUUAGUCAUAUAUUAUGCUAUCUACCACGUAUACACCAACGUAUUAUCACAAAUCAAUCACGAAGUGCCUCGAACAUGCAGACGGCGUGACGAACACAGGCAACGGUGCACGCCGUUUUGUUGAUACAUUAAGUUCUGUGUUCAGGCCGCGAAGGCCACCGCGUCCUUCUUCGGUCUAGGAUCGCAUUUGCUAACGCAAUUGCAAUUUAACGCAAAACUGCCCGAUCUGUCCUCAGUGUGUAUACGAGUGAUCGUGGAACAAUGACUUAAAGUAACGUGUUGCAGUACGGAACUUCGAUAGGAAGGAAGAAAAAAGAGUAUAACAAGUGUUUCAUUUCCGAGAGUGUUUUUCCUAAUAUUCAAUCAAAUCAUAGAUACACUCGUAUCGUCUCUUCACAAGUGUUUAACUGUUAAAUCGCGCGUAAAAUUGUUAUUUCUCUUUGGUGUGAUAUUAAUAUAUUUGCUUCCGGUUUGUUCGCGAUAUACGUAUACGUAUGUUUAUCAACGAAAAUUUCAAAGACGAUAAUAGAAGGGUGAGUUAAAUUGUAGUGCAAAUGAUCUUUAUGAAAUACCAAUUUGCGCGAGAUACUUUUGAGAACGAUUUGUUAUAAGGUGUUCUAUUGUAAGAAAUAUCAGUGCAUCCUCGUCAAACGAUUUAAUAAAGUGAUCGAAACGAUCGUUUAUCCAUAAAUAACCACAAAUAAUGUCGACGGGUAAGAGGCUGGCGAAACGUAGCAUAAUCGGCACCAGAGUGUGUGCUCCAGGCGAAGAUGGAAAAUACUAUAGUGGCGUCAUUCACGCCGUAAAAACGCCGGCGUCAGCCGCGUCCGAGUCAGGCCUCAGUAUUACACCGAAGACUCGUUAUUCCGUACGCUUCGAUUCCGUGCCUGGCGGUCGUCCGCCAAGUCCCAGCACCGAAUACUCUGAUCGCGACCUGAUCGGACCAGGCUUCGGUUCCGUCACCAGCGCACGCCUCGUGCCCGGCCAGAAGGUCUAUUUGACGUAUAACGGACGAGAAAUUCACGCGGAGGUCACGCAACAUCGUGAACAUCAAGACGAAGUGGAUGUUAUAAUUGCACCGAAUGGUCAAGAGACGAUGAGGCUGACCAAGCGUAUAGACGAGGUCAGGUUGCUCGAGUCGCGUAAGAGCGCACGGCUGGCAGACCAGGACACAGAUUUCGCUAGGCUCGCCGAUAUGGCCGGUGAUCGGAAACGAGCAUCCUCCCACUCCAUCGACGUGCCGCACGUGAUUGGAUCCAGAAAGCGGCGACCCAGCUCGAGCAACGAUUCUGAACGAUCGUUCAGCGGUUGGAGCGAGCGAAUACCCCACGGAUGUGGUCGCGAGGGGUGUCGCACAAACGAGCGCGGCGACUGCAUGGAUGAAUGCACAGCCGCGCUAGUUCUCAUGUCGCUCUCGUGCUCGCCACACAGCCCUCACAAUCCUUUACCGUUACACUGCCAACAUAAUUACGGUUCCUGGGGAGGUCGAGGAGGCGGAGGUGGCGGCAUGGUGGUCGGCUCGCCAGGAGUCGGCGGCACAUCGAACAGCAGCAGCAGCAGCGGGGCUUCGUGGCGUAGCGGCACCCCCAGCCCCCCUCUCAGCGACGAGGGGGCGCCCACCACCGGCUCCCUGUGGCCGACUUCGGCCCAUUCCUCGCACAAUCAACAACACUACCCUUACAACGUGUCCGGAUCGUCGUCGAGCAGCACCCCAGGCUCGACCACCACUUUGGACGAGGGCAUAGUGCCCGAUUACCUCGAGGAGCAACACCCCCGCAAGAAGAAGAUCCGGGCGAAAGUGAGCCGCGACCCGAUCGAGAAUGGACCAGCUAACAGCGCCGUCUACGAAAGCGAACAGGCUAAUGCAGCAGUAGUAUUUAAAUGUACUUGGCCAGGUUGUUUAGAAAUCAAGGCGACCGUGCCGCUUAUCGAAGAGCACGUGCGCCAAUCACACUUGGGACCUAAAAAGACUAACAGUUACGAUAACGAAGAGGACGAUGACAUUUCCGAUCAUGAGGAAGAAUUCUACUAUCAGGAGGUGGCUGUCGAUCAUAUGAGUUCUCCACCAACGAUGUCACAUAGGGACAUGGCCAGACCUCCGCACGAGGAUCCGGAGUAUCAGAAACAGCUCCGUUUGGAAACCACUUCUGCUACUAAUAAUGCAGAAAACAUGAUGGUGAGCAUCAGAGAACGAACCACAUUCGCCACUUCGCAAUCACCGGGUACACCGAUCAAGCAUAUAAAGUUGUCACCCAGGCCAUUCCAGGCGUACCAACAGAACAUGGGCCUGCUGACGGUGUCGACGGGAAAGAUGCCAUCGUCGCCCCGACGGAUUCGCGGCGAGACGAAGAAAUGCCGCAAGGUCUACGGUAUGGAGCAUCGCGACCUAUGGUGCACACAGUGCAAAUGGAAGAAGGCCUGCAGUCGUUUCGGCGACUAGGCCAAGCGGCCGCUCCGUUCGUAUGUCCGCGGGCGGAGAUCGUCGCCGAGUCGACCCCAGAGUUUGCCAAUGCUACAUUAAACUUCUCGCCAACUGCCAGCAAACAAUUGCCAAUAUCCACACAGUCAAACACAUAGUCAGUCAGUUCAGUCGUAACAGUCAAAGUUACAAGUCGUCGUCGUCAUCGUCAUUAUCACCAACAAUCGUGACGUUGUUGUUGCCGCGGCGAUGGCGACAAUACUCGCACGAUACACGCGCGAAUCACACGUAUUCGAUUCGCGUUGUAUCACGUGGUCACGGAUUAGCGAAGACAUACUCUACGAUAUCGUCCACCAUUUUUGCGAAACCGUUCGACCUGAUCCAUAAACAGAUCUCGAUAAAGAAGCAUCACAAAGAAGUAUCGAGGAACGAUAUAAACGAUCUCUGUGGUGUGAGGAGUUGGGCGAGAUGUGUCAGAUCACCGAAACAUCUUCUUCAUCUUUCUCUAUCUUCGUCUCUUAUUCUUCUUGUAAAAUAUAGUCGUGUUUACUCGGUGUUCCCCUCGAUUAUCUUUCUUCGUGGGAAACGAGGUUGACGAUGAGAGAAACACGGACCUAGAGAGAUACGUCAAUCCCAUGACGGAUGGCGGACGGUUAGAAGGGCCGAUCACGUUUUUCGUACGUGGCAAGAAAAGAAUAAAUAGAUUGUUAAAGGAAAAUUGUUGUGUUCGACUUCGUUCAAAUACAAACGAUGUUGCGUUGUCGAUAGAAGCGUGUAAGAUGAGAAUCAAGUAUAUACGUUCUAAAGGAAAAGAAAAUAGAAAAAAAAAAUAAAUAAAACAGAAGAUCGUUGACCGAUCGUCGAACGAUUUCUUAUCGCUCUCGUCUGGCACUUGGCAAACUCCGUCAGGGUCUUUUUAGCCGUAAUAAAGGGUUUUGACUAGUAGAUAGCGAAUAAUUGGCGGUACGGAACGAGGCGUCCUUAGACUGUCGCGCCCUCUCUGACUCUCUUUUUCGACUUUUUCUCUAUGUUAUCUCUCUAUCUAUCUUUUCUCUCACUCCCAUUCUCUGAUCAAACGCAAGAGGGCGCGGAACACAGCCUUGCUUCUGAUUCGCCAGUAACAAGAAGAAAAUUUUAAAAGAAAAAUUAAUAAAAAAAAAAAAAAAAAAUGAAAAAAAAGGAACUUUUUUUCCUGGCUCGGUAGAUAGAUUAAAAAAAGAGGCACGCGACUUCGAAAAAAUUACGAGUAGAAGUACGCGCGUUUCUGAAAACAUGUGCUAGUUCCCGAACCGACUCUUAGGUCAUUGCAAUAGGUCUUCCUUCAUCCGAUGAGAGCACUUUGGCUCGAUUUUCUCGCCUGGCUCUCUUGCCUUGCCUUCUCGAGGGAUGUCGUCACGCGAUCUCCGCAGAAAAAAGAGAGACCUAGUGGGUCCGUGUAUCACGUGUGCGUGUCCCACAUCAUGGCCGGUCGAUUGUUCGACCAAUUAUUCGUCCGUCUGCCUCACAAUAGGCUUCAUACGUGCAUUCGUGGACGAAUGUGCUCGCUGAUUUCCAGAAAUAUCAUAAAAAUAAUACUUUGAAUUUAACAUUUUUAAUUUUAUAGGUAUUGAUUGGACAAAUAUUGUUUUACUUUUUGGAAUUUAAUUCAAUAUCAAAUGAAUGAAAUCGAUAUGUAUUUAGUUGAAAAAAGAUUAAGAUUUGGAUAGAGGUUUUUUUUUUCUUUCUAAAUGAAAAAUUUGAUUUUUAGAUAUCGAAAAAGUCGAUCGUUGCGUAUCAAUUUGUUAAUACGAUUUAGAACGCGAAUAUUUCUGGAUUUCAGUUAAAAAAAUUAAAUAUUCGUUUACGAAUAUCACGUAUACGGGAUCAUUAUAGUAUAAUUCUUCAUACGUAAUUUAACGUGGGAUACGCGCAUGAUCCGCGUUAUGGACGAACGGAAGACCGAGAAGACGAAUCGAAUAUUCGGUUUGACCGAUUGUUCUUCCUGGAAGGACGCAGGCAAGUCUAGAACGAAAAUUCGCCAUAAAUUUAAAGGCAAUUGUGAUAUUUUUUCUCAAAAUUUUAUCGAAUUAAUUAGACGAAUUCGCCGCGAGUCUACAUUAUAAUUAGGCAGGAAUUUUAUGGGGAUGACGAUGGACCGAUGAAAACCGUCGAAAAAUAAAAACGAUGUGUCGGUAAAGAUAAAGAUUUAUGGGGAUAAAAAACAAAGAAUUAUAAAAAAAAAAAAAAGAAAAAAAAAGAAAAAGAAACGUGUUGAAAACAAAAUUUUAUACACCAAUUAUUAUACUGCCAGAUUAAAAAAUAAUUCAAUGAAACGAAUAAAAAAUUAUACGAAAAAAAAAAGACAAAAAAAAGUAUAAAAAAACGAAGAUAAGCGAUUAAUAUCGUUUCGAGCUUCGUGUACGAAGAAAUACACACACAUACACACACCAUAUAAGCUAUCUUCGUGUGUGUCGAGCUCAGGCUGCUUGCUAGCCUCUUCUCGACGACCUAAGACCGCGUUCGCCGACUGAAGGGAAAAAUAAGAGACAAAAUAAUGCUGCGUGCACGAAAUUUCGUUAGAGAUAGGCUUCGCAGUUGAAUCGAUCGAUCGAUUGUACUCUAGCGACAAGAUUCUCUUUCCAAGAUCUUGCUUAUUCUGGUUAUAUUACAUAUAUAUAUAAAUGCAUGUAUAAUAUACGUGUGUAUAGAAAAAAAUGGAAAAAAGAAAAAGCAUAAAAUUUCAUGGGGCAGAAAUUCUGGACGUGGAGCAACUUCUAUAUUCGUCUACGAGAUGUUUCUAACUUAACCUUUACGGUGUCGGAAUUCACUUUAUUGAUCAUUCUCAAGGAGUGUUAAUUUUAGAUCAAAAUGAAAUUUAUUGAUUUACAAUUCUUUGAAAUAAAAUUGUCGAGUCUCAUAAGAUGGAAAAAUAAAUUUUAACACAAAGUCGAAAUCCGUAUUGAAUGAUGUUAGAAUGAUUGUACUUUUGCACUUUAGAGGUUAAACUGAUAUCGUCAAACGUGCUCCAUCUCGCUUUCGAUCGUCCGCACAACUCGCGUAAAGUUAAAUUGUUUUUUUAUUUCGUAUAGUCGAAAAGAACGAUAGCAAAAUAAGAAAAAUAGAAAAGGAAAAUAUGUAUAGAGAAAAAGGAAAAAAAUUUUGAUCGUUCAUUUUACAAAGGAUCGCUUCGAAACGUGACCAUAGAUUUCGCUGCUAUCGCAGCAAAUAUAAACGAUAAUUAAAAAAAUACUUUAUCGAUAAUUAUUCGUAAUUAUUGAUAUUAUUAUUAUUAUUAUGAUCGUUAUUACAUUCGUUUUUUUUUUUUUUUUAUCAACGAGACAAGCAUUACGCAUAUCUCAUUUCUUGUUUAUAAAAAGCGCCGAAACUCGAAACGAGAAAUUCAAAGGGUAUUUCAAAGACUAUAGAUAUAGUUAAUUCGUUUUUUUCUCUCCCUCUCUCUUUUGUUUCAUAUCUACGAGAGGAGAUCUAUUUCCAUCAAUGUUGAUCGAUGCUCAGUUUUUCUAGUACAAUUUAAUAAUCGCGCCAAUUCUUUUUAUCUUCGUUUUCCCGCAUAAUUUAACAAUUUCAAAUCGUGUAUUAAUAUUUAAUAUAUAUAUCUAUGCAUAUAUAUAUGAUAGUUAUAUGUAUAUUAAUGUUCUAAUCAUAUAUGCAUAUAUAUAUAUGCUUAUAGUAUAUACCGUUAUAAUAUUACUUGAGAUUAAGAGAUUUGUCGGCUGACAAAAUAGGGGGAAAAAAAACAAAAAAAAAAAAAAAAAAAAAAAAAAAGAAAGAAAGAAAAGGGAGGAGAAGAGUCAAUUACGGAGUUCUUUUUUUGUGCUCAGAACCGCGUGAAAUUCGAGCGGGAGAAAAAAAAAAAAAAGAAUCAGACCAAUAUGAAUAUAUGUAUCAUUACCAUGGUGGUAUUACGUUUUUCACGACACGCGCAUAUAUAUAUAUACAUAUAUAUAAUCAUAUAAUAAAUAGGUAUUUCCGAACCAAAGACGUUUAUCGAAUUUCAAUCGAUCUGUGAAAUGCAAAGAUUCCCUUCCCGAAAAACAAAUCGCUUAAUAAAUUUAUAAUUAUGUUACAUCACGAAGAUUAUAUAGAAUUUACGGAAAUAUUUUUUUUCUUUUUCUUUUUCUUUCUUUUUUUUUUUUUUUUUUUUUUUUUUUUAAUACGUUUUCUACGUACUUAGAAAGUAAUUUGUAUUUCCUUUUGUCUCUUCGAUCGGUUUAGCUGACAACGGAAAACGGUAGAAUAGUAUACUACAAAUCCCAGCGAAUAUUCAGAGAAUAGAGUUUCGUGGACGCAUCAAAAAAAUGCAAGUAUUAUCCGAUGUCACUGUGCUCGAUCGAACGUGUAAGAACAUGGUAGGUAUAAAGCCUGCUAAUCCUAAGGAGAGAGAAAAAAAAAAAAAAAAAAAAAAAAAANAAAAAAAAAAAAAAAAAAAAAAAAGAAA